GGGCGAUCCCAGGACGAUGAAGGCCCCGCACUGCUGCUGCUGCGGCCUUAGGGGCCUGCUGGGCCCGGCCUUCCUGCUGCUGCUGCUGCUGCUGCUGCAGGCGGCCCAGGCCGCGCCAGGUCCAGGGCCUCCGGAGCCGCGGCCGCGCACCACACCGCCCGGCUCCACCGCGGCCCCGCAGCCCGGCCCAGGCGCGCCCGAGGCGGCCAGGCCGCGGGACCCCGAGGGCGGCAAUGGCAGCAGUGCGGAAGUGGCGGGGCAGGCCGGGGCCGUCUCUGUGGGCGGCGGCCUCGCCGUGAGCCCCAGCCCUGGCGACAAGCCCAUGACCCAGCGGGCGCUGACCGUGUUGAUGGUGGUGAGCGGCGCGGUGCUGGUGUACUUCGUAGUCAGGACGGUCAGGAUGAGGAGAAGAAAUCGAAAGACCAGGAGAUACGGAGUUUUGGACACGAACAUAGAAAACAUGGAACUGACACCGUUAGAACAAGAUGAUGAGGAUGAGGAUAACACACUGUUUGAUGCUAACCAUCCUCGCAGAUAAGAAUGUGCCUUUGGUUGAGAGAAAUUCAUCUUUCUCCAGUGAAGAACAGACUUUAUAUGCUUAAGGAAUAAGAAGCCACUAUUAUCUGGGGGAAGGGGAUAUUUAAGUUACAUACAUUGUGGAAACUUACUUUGUUGUUCAAUGAAUAUCGUGUUAUUUUGUUAUUUUGGUUUAGAGUUGUUGGAGCUAAGUUGUACUGCUAUUGUUUAUGAAAUUACUUUAACCUAUAGUGUUUCCUGAUCAGUUUUUAUUUAUUUCUUUCCUAUAUUAUUGUAAACUGUUUUGUGUAUUAAUCAGUUACUACUAAUUUUUUUCUGAAGUAUUUUCAAGAACUAUAAAAUCCAAUAACCAACUGGAAUAUAAAAGUUAUUAAGUUUUCCUUUACUGAGCUAUAGUUCCCGUUUUUGGAGGGAAAAGGAAGCCAAACUUAUUAUGCUGUUUGAAUUUUUAAAUGUAAUAAAUUCAGAGUUAUAUGCAGCACAAUAAAUGUAAUUUAAGAUU